AUGGCAUCGCAGAAAAGCCUUCCACUUCCCCCAGACGGUUACUUCGAGUUCUCUCCUCCAAACCACUACGCACCCGGCUCGCCUGAUACGUUCUUUCGAGCGAAUGCUAACGUCCAACCAUCCACUUCCGACUCUGCGAACACACCACCAUCUCCACUCACGUUUACAAAGCCAUCUAGGCCAUCGCGACAGAGUGUGCAGCUGACUGCGAUCCCAUCGCUAUCGCAAUCUACCCACAAUACUCAAUCAUCCUCACCCACCUCGCAGAGUAAACCUACGGUCCCUCAUCAUCUGAAGCGGCACAGCAUCUCCCAUCCUCAUGCCGCCCACCACCCUCACAGUGUCUCUGUCUCUGGACCCUCUCCUCAAUUCCGCCGGGAGCGCGAGCGCCAGUUGGCCAACACUCCACGAGAGGCGCUCAUACAGCUAGCCAUCCGACGCGAGCAUGACUACUCCGAAGCCAAAUCUACUCUUACCAAGGCUCUCCUUCAGCUUGAGAAUGUCCGAGAUAAGCUAGCGCGCGAACAGGAAGCGCGCAGGUUGCUAGAGGAAGAAAAGAGGGUGCAAGGCGUCAAAACUACCAAAUCGAUCAUCGAUGCUCAACGAGAUGCGAUGCAGGCCAGGGAAGAGACCCGAGUUGCCAGAGUGCAAGUACAGAAUAUGCAGACCGAGUUAAAUCGUGCACGCGACGCUGUCCGACACCUCGAAGAUGAGAAGGAUGAAACCGAUCGUGCUCUCGUGCGCGCACGCACAUCGGCGCGGCAGUUCAAAGAGAAGGCCGUGCUCCUACAGGCGCGAGAGGAAGGUCGGCAAGAAGGCUUCGAAGAAGGGCUUCGUCAAGGUCGAGAUAUGCAUGCCCUCGCCGAGGCACCGACGGCAGCGCUACAGCAAGAACCUACAACACUGGUCGAAGAAGUAGAAGAAAGGGAAGAGCCACCACUUAAGCCACGCAAGCCACCCUCAGCGAGAGACGCUUCACGUCAUGGUACAAGUGGAGGGAGGAGGUCGAAUGGUACCGGGGCGGGUGCUCAGACUCCCGUAAACCCGAACUCGCUUGAGGAGGAGACUGCCAGAGCUAGCUUGCGAGCGAUUGAUGAACGGGAGAAUCUCCGCGUGAAGAUGCAACUGUCAGAUCUAGGGAGAAAGCUCGAUGCGAAUGAGCAGCGCUUAAAGGAGGGCGAACGUGAAAGGGAAAAACUGAGAGUGGAAAGGGAGAAAUUAGAUGCUGAGAAGAGGGGCCUCGAGGAAGAAAGAGAUCGCCAGGCGAGGAAGGUUCGCGAGCUGGAGCGAGAACAAGAAGACUUACGAGCCCGAGAAAAAGAGAGGCGAAGGCGCGACGAGGAAGAUCGUCGCCGUAUGGAGGAGGAAAUGAAUAGAGAGCUACGAGAACUCAGGCGCGAGCACUCUCGGCUGCACAGAGAGAAAGAAGAGGGAGAGAGACGGGUACGCGAGGAGCUCGAACGGGAACGCGAACGGCUUAAGCGCCUCGAGGAGGAGCAGGCUGCGCGAGACCAGAGGGAUAAAGACCGUGACACCAGCGCGGCGAUCGCUGCCGCCGCCGCCGCUGCUGCAGCUACUGCAGCUGUUGGAGCUGCUACAGCAUCCGCGUCUGGCGCGAAUGACGCUCCUCCGCUCGCACCCCAACCGCAGCAGCGCCUUUCGUAUCUGCCCAUGCCGCCGCCACCCAUGCCCAAUCCUAUUGUGAUGCCCCAGCCUCCGACGUCAGUCCCUCCAGUGUCGACAAGCCGCGCCGGUAGUGCUGGAGGUGGUGCGCCUUCUAUCGGGCUGCUGGGUGCAGGACCCGUACCGCGUACUGGUUCGGUUGGCUCCCGGCAUGCACGACGACGCCAAUCGGGAGACUCUUCUUCCUCAGCGUCGACUAUGCCCAUGGACAUGCUCCAAUUCCCUAGCGAGUCGGAGCGCGACCGCCUUCGCGACCGCGAGUUGAGCGUAAUCCAUGAAGCGGAGGACAGCUCUACUGUCAGAGGUGUGAGUCCCAGCCCUGGUGGCCCGCCAGGGAGGCCCGUGCCGACUUGGAUGACACAUCCACCAGUGGAUCAUGCGAGGGCGGAGAUGGAGGCCUUGCGCAGUGCAACUCCCAGAGGAGGACCAAAUGUUGAGGGAUGGAGAUCGAGCAUUGGCAAUGCACCACCAUCGACAGGCUCAAGCGUAUAUAGAACUAACCCAUAUCAGCAAGCGCCGAAUCCCGACUUCCUUGCUCCUAACUACCCACCUUCACUUUCACGCCGACCGUCAAACGCUAGCUCUGGGUCAGACUACAACAUCACAAUUGAACCUCCGUCGGGUCCGCCUUCAAGCAUCGACAACCAGGAAGCCGAUCGAACAGGUUCCUUCCUCUCACCAAAUCAUACGCCUAUCUCACUUCCUCAAAUCCAACCCAGUCAACCACGACGCCAUACUCCUGGAUCGCACGGAACGCCUGUUUUACCCGUCCGUCCCCCAAUCAGGUCUCCGUAUGACUUCGACACAAGCGGUAUCCCGACUGCACCGAACUCUCCUGUCCAAAGUGCUGCCGUCAGUGGUGGUAUGCCCAUAGUAUUAGAUGGCCCUCCACCUCCAGGAUUUGUCCCGCAGAUGAUAACUGACAAUCGCGGUAUCUCCACACCACUUACUGGGUGGACAGGUUUACCAGGUACAGGGGGACCUGGAGUGCCAGGGCCAACCGGACCUCCAGUUAUUCCGAGGUCAGCAAGUCGAGCAAGUACGGACAGUGAGCCGCCGAUAUGGAACGGCCCAGGCGAGAGACCGCUUUAUGGACCAAAGGGCAACCGGUUGGACAUCAAGAAACCUGGUGGUCCAUCGGGUGUAGCUGGUUCGGCUGGCCCAUCGACGAGCAGCGCACCGAUUUAUGGAAAUCCACUUAACAGGAAUCGUGAACAGGACCAACCGCUACGGCCUCCAACUUCCACCCCGACGCCUGACCCGUCGAUGCCAGUUACAUUCCCGCACUCGCCUUCCAGCUCCAACAGACCUGUCAUUCCAGAUGCCCCUGGCGGCCCACCUUCUACCUUUGGACAGGGAUUCGGCGGUGCAUCGUGGAGCACGCCUCACCAGCGUUCUGGCAGCCUAGGCGGGGCGACGCCGGGUGUAUUGACACGCGACCUCCCAGGUGCCGGACCUACGGGCUCUUCAACGAUCACCUCUCGUUCAGGGUUUGGGAUCUACGGGCCCCCUGCAGGUGUCGCUGGCUCAAGUGGUACUCCCCGUUUCCCAACAACCAAUGUGACGGGCACUCCAGGAGGUUUCGGCAGCUACGUGCCUGCCACGCUGCCCAAUCCCUCCUCUCCCAUGAUGUCGAUGCCCACAAUGCCGGUUUCAUCGCCCAUGUUGGUACCUAUGCCUAUCCCUUCGAUGCCUCCGUCCUCGCCAAUGAUGACUAGUGCACCAGUAAUACCAGUAAUUCCUGGUUCAGGGCCUGGAGCUGCGUAUGGAAUCCUAUGGGCCCCAACGAAGACGACGAUGGGUUUGAUGAGGCAACGGUAG